AGAGGGGAGUGACGCAGUUACCGAAAAUCUGGGAAGCUCUUCACGCUCGCCGCGUAUGACCUGAAAUAAACCCCCCCAGUCCCGCCUCUACCUCCACCCACACCCCCGGUGGUGGGCGACCGUCUCCUCGUCACGACGCGGCGGAAGAUUGCAGACACCGGGAGGCUGUAUGUGCCAGUCCCCGCGCUCCCUUCCUUGGUGCCAUUCCGGUUGGAGGUCGCGGCCGAGCCCGAAGGACUCGAUGCGAUAACCAGAGCGAGACAUGCCGCAGCCCAAGUCCAGAAAAAUCGCCAUUCUUGGCUACAGAUCCGUAGGAAAGUCCUCUUUGACUAUUCAGUUUGUUGAGGGCCAGUUCGUGGACUCCUAUGACCCGACAAUAGAGAACACGUUUACGAAAAUGAUCACGAUAAACGGACAAGAGUAUCAUCUUCAGCUGGUGGACACAGCAGGACAGGACGAGUACUCCAUCUUCCCACAGACGUACUCCAUAGACAUCAACGGCUACAUUCUGGUCUACUCAGUCACAUCCAAUAAAAGCUUUGAAGUGGUGCAAGUCAUCCAUGAAAAACUGCUGGACAUGGUGGGGAAAGUUCAGGUACCCAUCAUGCUCGUGGGAAACAAGAACGACCUGCAUAUGGAGAGAGUAAUCAGCUGCGAGGAGGGGAAAGCAUUAGCUGACUCCUGGAACGCCGCCUUCAUGGAAUCCUCGGCCAAAGAGAACCAGACAGCAGUGGAGGUUUUCCGGAGGAUGAUCCUGGAAGCGGAGAAGAUGGACGGCGGCGUGCAGCCCGGAAAGACGUCCUGCUCCGUGAUGUAGAGGCCCCCCCUCCCCCGUGGCCCCACAGGACACUGCACUGGGAUAUCCCGUUUUACUUGAAGGCGAGCCGCCAGUUCUCCACCUCAGCUGACUAUCUCUCUCCCCCCCCCUCUUUCCUCCAAGGGUCCUAGACACCCCAAUAAUGUCUAUUUAUGGUUCUGAACACCCCCCGUUAUUUAUCACUGUUCCUCUCUGCCAUCCAUGUUUUCCUUUUUCUGUGUUGGAUAUCAAAGCAGGACAAGUGACGAUCAGGAAUUGAAGAAAAACAACAACAAAAAAGUCCAAAUAAAUCUUGCUUUUUGAUGCAAAAGUUCCUCCUGUGUAGUGAUGACUAAUAACCACGACUAGAAGUAACAAAGCAGCGUCGCUCUGGUGACCAAGCGAGGGAAAGAGCGUUUUUUGGUUUUUUUUAUAUAUAUAUAUAUACAUUUUUUAUUUUUGUCUACUUUAGCAAAAAUGCAGGUGUCAUUUUUUUUUUUUUUUGUCAGCCAAAUUCCAACAACAACAAAAAAAAUCUGCAUCCAUUUUUUUUAAAGAGUUGAAACUGUUGUACAAAUGUUUUGGAUUUUAAUCAUUAAAGCAAAAAAAAGUGGUUAUGUAAA